AUGGCGCGGUGUUACAUUUUGGCAUCUAUGUCGAGUGAUCUGCAACAUCAACAUCAAUCUAUGCCUUCUGCCUAUGAUAUAAUACAGAACCUCAAAGGAAUGUUUGAGGAUCAAAAUCGUGCUGAAGGGACACCAGUAAGGGAUCAUGGUCUGAAGAUGAUUGGUCUUCUCAAUGAGUUAGAGAUCCUUAGAGCUGAAAUUGAUGGGGAAACCCAAGUUGAUAUCGUUCUCCAGUCGCUGCUUGACUCGUUUAAGCAGUUUUGCCUAAAUUACAACAUGAAUAAGCUUUCUUACUCAUUGAUAGAAUUACUUAAAGAGCUUCAAGUAGCUGAGGGCCUCAUCAGGAAGCCAACUUUUGCUCUUGUGACUGAGAAAAGUUUUUCUUCUAGGCCAAAAGGGUGA